AUGUCGUUGCCAUCAAGCAAUUCCCAUUUUGAAAGUGGGGGAGAUCCUGUUGAGUCCAGAAAGAGACAAAGCAAACGAGAUGAUGCUAUCCGUAGACGGAUAGAAAAUGAUUUAAGUAAGAAAAAGAGAUCUGGAGUAAAAUCCACCAGAAGACGUAAGGGAGCUCCAGGUUCAGUUCUUCUGUUGAGACCUUCAGAACCGGUGAUAUGUAAGAAUUCAUCUACAGUGUAUGAAGUGUCACAAAUGAUGAUUGCUAGGAGAGAGAAUUGUGUACUUGUUGUUGAUGAGAAUGGUGAACUAUUAGGAAUCUUUACUGCUAAAGAUUUAGCCUUUAGAGUUGUUGGAGCAGGUUUAAAUGCUAACACUUUAACUAUUGACCAAAUAAUGACUCCUAAUCCACUCUGUGCCAAUUCCAAUGCUCCAGCUUCUGAAGCUUUAACAUUAAUGGUUCAAAGAGGUUUUAGACAUUUACCAGUUCUUGAUGAUGAUAAUCAAAUUGUUGGAAUUCUUGAUAUCACGAAAUGCUAUUCCCAACAAAUGGAAAAACUUGAACGAGUUCAUGCUUCUUCUAAGAAAUUAUAUGAAGCUUUAGAUACCGUUCAUAAUGAAAUCGGGAUGGCUCAGCAACCAUAUCAUGUUUUCCAAUAUUUUGAAAGCUUAAAGUCUAAAAUGAAUGGACCAACGUUAGAAUCAGUUUUGGACACGGCAACUGCGCCUGUUUACGUUAGUGUUAAGGCUAAUGUUUAUGAUGCAACUAUUCUUAUGAGAGAAAACAAUUCAACUGCAGUUUUGGUUCAAGAUCAAGUGACGUCUUCAGUUAGUGGGAUUUUCACUUCUAAGGACGUAGUAUUAAGAGUUAUUGCUGCUGGCUUAGAUCCCAAGAAAUGCUCUGUUGUAAGAGUGAUGACUCCCAAGCCAGAUGUGGCCAAUAUUACUUUAAGUCUUCAACAAGCUUUAAGACAAAUGUUUGAUGGUCAUUAUCUUAAUUUGCCUGUUGUAAAUGAAGAUAGUGAAAUCGUAGGUGUUGUUGAUGUGUUAAAGUUGACAUAUGCUACUUUGAAUCAAAUCAAACAAAUUGAAGAAUCAGAUCAAAGUGCUGAAAAUACUUCAAAUUCACCAUCUCAACAACAAUCAACUACGAAUGAACAUGGUCCCGCAUGGAAUAAGUUCUGGACAUCUUUAGAUAAUGAUGGAGAUUCUGAAUCCGCUCACUCAGAUUCAGCCAUUGGAAGUGCUCCUGAAGUAUCUGCCUCUGAAUUUCAUGCAUUUAAUGUUGAAAUUGGACCAUCGGAUUCUGUAUCUCACGUUGAAACCAAUCAAGGCAACACCAGCUUGAAUAAUACUAAUAAUUCAUUCAAGAACGAGCCUUCAUUUAUUUUUAAGUUCAGAUCUCCAGCAUUGGGAAGUCGAGUUCAUCGUAUAAGCAUCAGACCUUCCGAAGGUUUAAGCAGAUUACAUGAACUUAUUGAUCAUAAGUUACUGAGUAAAGACUUUGAAUAUUUGAAAGUAUCUCCAGAGAGGAACGACGAAACGUAUGCUAUAAGUUAUGUUGAUGAUGAGGGAGAUAUUGUUUCUAUUACAUCUGACAAUGAUCUUUCUGAUUGUAUUGCUAUGUACCAAUCAUUAUCAGAGGAAAGAGCAGAGUUAUACAUUCACAAUCCUCAUGAACAUGCACCUGUGGAAGAGAAUUCACAAGCCAGAAAGUUCAAUCGUGGAUCAUCGCCUGCUCCCCCAACUGCAACUGGUAUUUCCAAUGAAGUAUUAAUAGCUGGAGCCAUUGGUGUUCUAGGAGGAGCAGCUAUUAUAGGUUUUAUCCUUGGAAGAAAGUAA